AUGCCGGCGCGGAUCCACGCGUCCUCCGCGCCGACGCCCGCGCCCGCGCGUCGCGUCGCGCGACCGUCGCGCCAUCAGGCGGACGGCGCGCGGCGCCGACGCGGCGUCGUACCUCCGUCGCCAUCCUCUUCCCCGUCCUCCUCCGUCGCCGGCCCUAAACCUCUCCGGAGCGUCCCCAACGGCGGCGAGGCCGCGGCGUCGACGGCGUCCAACGAGCCGGGCCGCCCCGUGGGGAAACCCCCGCCGCUGCGCGUCGCGAUCGUCGGCGCGGGGCCGUGCGGGCUCGUCACCGCGAUCGCGCUCCGAAAGUUUGGGAUCGACGACGUCACGAUCUUCGACCGGUACCCCACGGUGCGGCCCGCGGUCGGCGCGGCGUUCAACCUGAACGGCGGCGCCGCGAUCCUGGAUAAGCUCGGCCUCGGGAAGAUCUUCAGAGACCUCGCGAACCCGAUGACGCGCGUCCGAGCGCGGCGCGUCGGCGGCGAUCGAAUCACGCUCAUGGAUCUGAACGUGCCGAAGAUGAUCAUGGACGAUCCCGUCGCGUCGACGACGCUGACGUCCUCGGAGCACCUCCCCGAGAACCUCCCGAGGGAACUUCGGGACGAGAGGGACGUCCUGUGCGGGACGGUGUUGCGCGCGGAUCUGUUGGAAGCGUUGAGUGAAACGCUCCCGGAGGAGACGUUAUCCGGACUAGGGAAGGACGUGACCGGCGCGGAGACGUCGCCCGGCGGCGGCGCGAGGCUGCUCUUCGGGAACGGCGAGAAGAGCGACCGGUUCGAUCUCGUCGUCGGCUGCGACGGGAUUCGAUCGAAGAUACGAGAGUCCAUGCCGGGGAUCGGACGGUCGGGGGCGAAAUACGGCGGGAUACGCAUCCUCUUCGGCGUCACCGGGGACGCGACGCCCGAGACGUCGUCGGCGAGGAGAGAGGGGGAGCGAGGGGAGGCGCACCAGUGGUUCGGAGACGGGUGUUACACCCUGGUCUUCACCGGCGGAGGGGAAGGACGCAAGCGCGAUAACGUCGCCGUGUGCGUCGCGGACGACGGUGGGGUCACGAAGCGCAGAGACGAGAACGCGGGGUGGCUCAAGAUGGGAUCCGUCGACGACGUCGACGACGACGCCGACGCCGCCGCCGCCGACGAGAGAGGCCGAUCGAACCGGGCGUCGAACGCGAUCGCGAGAGAGGAGGUCAUCGCGACGAUGGAGCGAUACGGCAUGCCGAGAGAAGCGAUCGACGUCGCGGCGUCGUGCGAGCGGUUUUUCGACAUCGGCGUGCACUACCACGACCCGAUACCGUCGUGGAGCGACCCCACCGGAAGCCUCGUCCUCGCGGGCGACGCGUGCCACGCGAUGCCGCCGUUCUUAGGCCAGGGCGCGAACCAGGCGUUUCAAGACGCGUACGUGCUCGCGAGGAACCUCAGCGCGGUGCGAAGCAGCGGCGGGAAGAGCCUCAGCGGCGCGUUCGAGAGCGUCAAGGCGGCGAUGGACGCGUACGAGGCGACGCGGAAGCCGUCGACGACGAGGAUCAUGCAGAGUUCGCGGGUCAUCGGCUUCGUGGAAACGGGGAGCGGGCCGGUCGCGUUCGUCAGGGACGUCGCGUUCGCGGGGCUGGGCGCGACGGGGCUCGUCGGGAAGAUAUUUCUUCAGAACGCCUCGCUCGCGAUAGGCGAGGAGGACUAG